AACCCGACAGCAGUCGUGUUCGCGUACGCUAUUUGCGCACUCGUCUCGAUGCAAGCGCAACGUAUUUACGUCUAUAUUUCGCGCCUUUUUAAAAAAAGAUAAUAGGUUUAAAUUAGUGGCAGUCAAAUAACUGCAAACACAGUAAUUGUCAAACAAAAUGGCUGCCAAAGAACCCGGGAAACUACCAUAUCCGAAGUCAGUGGGGUUUAUAGUGACCAAUGAGUUCUGCGAAAGAUUUUCAUAUUAUGGAAUACGAACGGUACUGUCCCUAUACCUACGAGAUAAACUGGGUUACUCGGAUGACAGCGCUACGGUGAUUUACCACGUUUUUGUGAUGUUCGCUUAUUUCUUUCCACUGAUUGGUGCUAUGAUUGCCGAUGGUUGGUUGGGACGAUUCAGGACAAUAUUUUACCUGUCCUUGGUAUAUGCGGCGGGAAGCGUCCUUUUAUCCGUUACUGCAAUGCCGCCCCUCAACUUACCGCCAUUGGGCUUCACAAUCCUGGCUCUAUUGCUGAUUGCUUUUGGAACUGGAGGAAUCAAGCCCUGUGUUUCCGCGUUCGGUGGAGACCAGUUUAAAUUGCCAGAACAAGCGAAAUACUUGGGAUACUUCUUCUCACUUUUCUACUUCUCAAUCAACGCGGGUAGUUUGAUAUCUACAUUCCUAACACCAAUAUUGAGAGCUGAUGUUAAAUGUUUUGGCGAGAAUAGUUGCUACUCUCUAGCAUUUGGCGUUCCCGGGAUCCUCAUGUGUAUUUCCAUCAUUUUCUUUGUGGCUGGAAAAAGGUUGUACAUUAUAAAAAAUCCAUCUGGCAAUAUUUUGGGAAAAGUCUCGACUUGUAUUAGCCACGCUAUAAUGACCUCCUGCAAGUCAAAGCAGAAAAGGGAGCACUGGUUGGACCAUGCUGAUGACAAGUACGACAAAAGUCUGAUUGAAGAUAUUAAAUCUCUUUUAAGAGUGCUAGUACUGUUUUUACCAUUACCAGUAUUUUGGGCUCUAUUUGAUCAACAAGGUUCAAGAUGGACUUUCCAAGCCGAUAGAAUGGAACAAGAUAUAGGAAGUUGGACGUUGAAAGCUGAUCAGAUGCAAGUUAUCAACCCAUUUUUAAUUUUAGUUUUCAUUCCACUUUUUGAAGUGGCUAUUUAUCCUUUCAUGACAUAUUGCAAGUUGAUUAAGAAACCUUUGCAUAAAAUGAUCUGGGGAGGAACUUUAGCCGCAUGCGCAUUCAUAACAUCAGGAAUCGUCGAACUUAAUCUCUUGCCAACAUAUGGUACGCCAGUAGCAAAUGGGUUGGCCCAACUGAGAGUAUACAAUGGACACAAUUGCAACUUUACUUUGAAUAUUUAUAACCCCCAUGACAAUACUACACUGAACGCGACAGUUGGACCUUUAGGAGUGUAUGAAAAACUAGAUAUAGUAGCUGAUCAAUUGAUUGAAAUGCCAUAUACUUUGCAAGGAUCUGACAAUUCUUGUGAAAAUAUCACAUUCAAUGGAAAUUUCCAUAUGUUGGAGAAAACAGCGAAUUCUUAUUUCAUCAACGAAGACAAUGUCUAUAGCUUUAUCGACAAUAACAACAAACCCAUUGAUGGGGUUCGUGUGAGAUUUUUAUCAAAUGUAAUCACUUCGACAACCAUUUCUCUGCAUGAUAGUAAAAAGAACAGAACAAAAUUAUCAAUGACUACUGAUGAUACAUCACAAAAAAGUAUUGAGAAAGGAAAAUAUGACGUAAUAAUAAACGAUAUUGUAUUAAUAAAAGAUUUCAAGUUUAUGGCUGGUGCUGUUUACACAAUAAACGUAUUGGAAGAAAAUAACGGAAAUUAUAUGACGAAUGCGAUCACGAUUACACCACCGAAUAGUGUACAUAUAUUGUGGCUGAUACCUCAGUAUGUGCUGCUGACGAUGGGAGAAGUUAUGUUCUCGGUAACUGGGCUUGAGUUUUCGUUUACCCAGGCUCCAGCCAGCAUGAAAUCAGUAUUAACAUCGGUGUGGCUACUUACGGUUGCCUUUGGUAAUCUUAUUGUAGUAUUCAUCGUUGAAGGAAACUUUUUGGAUGCACAAUGGAAGGAGUUUUUCUUAUUCGCUGGGUUGAUGUUACUCGACAUGUUCGUAUUCAUGCUCAUGGCGUUUAGAUAUAAAUAUGUAGAGUUAAAGUCAAGUGAAGAAAACUUAGCCGUUGAGGAGAUCAAACUGCCCGAUAAAAAACCCAGCUUACCGCCAACUGAGAAUAAUUAGUAGUUACGUUUCUUAAUUUCAAUAAAAUAAGUUUAAAUGUUAAUUGUAGAUAUUAUAAUUUAUUGUGUUGCUAAUUAAAUUAUCAAAUUAUUUUAAUAA